GGCAGGGAGGCGGGCCCACCCCGAGCAGCAGCAGAGGAGCGGCGGCGUCGAGACGGCAGAGUGCACAGUGACAGGGCGUUAUCUUUUACAUGAUUAAAACACUAAACCGGGAGGAAUACACGCACGGAUCGAUAGAAACAUAUCCUAAACACCCAGCCCGUCAUGGAAUCCUAUGACAUUUUAGCUAACCAGCCGGUUGUGAUUGAUAAUGGUUCGGGUGUCAUCAAGGCUGGUUUUGCAGGAGACCAGAUCCCCAAAUACUGCUUCCCAAACUAUGUCGGGCGCCCAAAGCAUGUGCGCGUGAUGGCAGGAGCCCUGGAGGGAGACCUCUUCAUCGGACCCAAAGCAGAGGAGCACCGGGGCCUGUUGUCGGUGAGAUACCCGAUGGAGCACGGGAUCGUGAAGGACUGGAACGACAUGGAGAGGAUCUGGCAGUAUGUUUACUCCAAGGAACAGCUGCAGACUUUCUCCGAGGAGCAUCCUGUUCUGCUGACUGAAGCUCCGCUCAACCCCAGCAAGAACAGGGAGAAGGCUGCAGAGGUUUUCUUUGAGACGUUCAACGUUCCUGCUCUCUUCAUCUCCAUGCAGGCUGUGCUCAGCUUGUACGCCACAGGUCGCACCACCGGUGUCGUUUUGGACUCAGGGGAUGGUGUGACCCACGUCGUGCCCAUCUACGAGGGCUUCGCCAUCCCACACUCCAUCAUGCGGGUGGACAUCGCCGGGCGAGACGUCUCGCGGUACCUCCGUCUGCUGCUGCGCAAGGAAGGAUACAACUUCAACACCUCUGCAGAGUUCGAGGUCGUUCGUACUGUCAAAGAGAGAGCCUGUUAUCUGUCCCUCAACCCGCAGAAGGACGAGACUUUAGAAACAGAGAAGGCUCAGUACGUCCUCCCUGAUGGAAGCACUUUAAACAUCGGUCCGGCCCGGUUCCGAGCUCCGGAGCUGCUGUUCAGACCCGACCUGAUCGGAGACGAGAGCUCGGGGAUCCACGAGGUCCUGGCCUACGCCAUCCAGAAGUCUGACAUGGACCUCCGACGCACACUGUUCUCCACCAUCGUGCUGUGUGGAGGAUCCACACUGAUCAAAGGUUUUGGGGAGCGACUACUAACUGAAGUCAAGAAGCUGGCACCCAAAGACGUGAAGAUCAAGAUCUCUGCUCCCCAAGAGAGGCUCUACUCCACAUGGAUCGGCGGCUCCAUCCUGGCAUCGUUGGACACCUUUAAGAAGAUGUGGGUGUCGAAGCGAGAAUACGAAGAAGACAGAGCACGUGCCAUCCACAGGAAGACCUUCUAGGAAGACGGCCUGCGAUUGCCCCCAGAACUGCCCUCAAAUCUCCCCCAUCAUACUGUCGGAGACUCCUGCACCUCCUGUGCAUCAUCUUUACCUGCCCCACCGCUUCUGAAGCCCCGUCAGCCUCCUGCUUCCUCCCCGCCCCUCCCCCCACCCAGAGAAACACCAUGUUCAUGUGUGGUGUUUCUGUAGUUACCUCCUUUUCAUGCACCUCCUCCUCCUCCUGCUGCUGCAGGGUGACGAUGACAUCACCCGCCACCCUGCAGACAUCCCAAACAUUCACUCACACACACACACACACACACACACACACACACACACACACACACACAGAGGGCCGUCAGGGUUCAUGAGAGGGCAGCGGUGAGCACUGUGGACUCGUACUACAGGCCACGCUACGUCAUUAUUAUUAUUUAGUCCACAUUGAAGUAUUGGUAUCGCUCUCUGCCUGCGAAGCCCUGCGAGGUGUAGAAUAUCAUGACAUGUCAAUAAACCUGAAUGUUUUUUUUUUUCUUUUUUUGCUACUGUUGAAAUUUCCAUUCCAGACCGAAGACUUAGACUUUUAUUUGAUGUCACUCUGUAGAGAUUUGUCUGUUUCUGCUCGUACAGAACAGUUUGAAGUGCUGUAGAAACGUGUAGCGAGCAGGUGUGACACUGAACAGAACCACUGUAUCAGAACCAUCUGGCCCCAAAGUGCACAAAGCUAAACACGGUUUAAUUUCUCCUCCACGAGUCGAAUCUAAGUGUCUGUUUCUGCAUCAACAUGACAUCAUCUGUUUGUGUUGGCGAGGAAUGUUGAGUCAGCUUUUUGUGUCAGCUGACCGGAUUAAAACAAAAUGGAGAGAAAUGCCGUCUUUUUUUUUUUUUCUUUUUUUUUUGAGUACAUCAUUUGGUUCCACGUUUACAGCAGUCGGUGCACUGAGAGGAGAAAUCUGGUGUUUUUUCAGCCUGGGUCUGUUUUCCGCCUCAACACACCUGCUUCCAUUCAUAGAGAGAAACAAAAAUAAGAAAUAAUGCCCAGAUUGUUCCAAACCUAAAAGUUAACUGGAUCUAUUCCAGGCGAGACUCGUCCAACUUUCAGGCCUCGUUCGGUAGUUUUUGUGUACGAUCAGACGGACGCGAGUGAAAACAGCUUCAGCGCUUCACGUUCCCUCCGGGUCUUGUUUUGAGACGAUUGAUUUCAUGAUUUCACUGUAUUUUUUCUAAAAAAAGAUGAAUGUUGCGAUUGUAUUUAGGCUUUUUCAAUCAUUUGAGACUUUUUCUUCUAAACUUCUUUCUUUAUCACAAACACCAAGCGAUAUUUACACGACACUAAUGUGAGCACUUCUCCUCCGCAUUACAUUUGGCUCACCUCGGAUCUGAUGUGGUUUGUUUGGUUUUGUCUGCUGUCGACGUCCUCGGGAUGAUUUCCAGUUGCAAAUUGUUUAUCAAUCGAUGACUUUGAUCUGUAUUUGUAUCUUUACAACCAAACACAAGGAAGGUUGACAGGGAGCUGCUGCGAUUGGUGAAACUUCUCUGAUUGCUCAAAUUUGUGACAAAGUCUAAUUUGUGAGGUGGAACAGAAUCCUUCAAUCUUAAACCCAAAGACACAACGAACAGCAGCAGCUCCUCAUGUAACGAGCGAACACCAGUAAAUGUUUAGUUGUUUUGUUGUUGGUGCUUGAAACGAUUAAUUUAGUGUUAAUAUAGUUGCUGAUUAAUCUUCCAGUCGAUUGAUUAACUCGUUAAUCACCCUGUUGUCUCAGCGCCAGUCGCCGCAUGCUGAUCAGGAAGUACAUGAUGAGUGUUAGUUCAGCAGAACAUCAGUUUUUCAUUUUCAUGUGUUUAGAAAUGAGUUGACAGCGUUAGAAGUUUCCUGAACACUUCGAACUUCAACACAGGCGAAGAGUUUAAAGUUAUUCUGGGUCCGAACCGGUUCUAAUGUUGAGACCCAGGUUGAAAAACGCUGGAUUUGUUCCUGUGAAUGUUCUUGUUUCAUCCCCUCGUGUCUGGUUGAAGCUUCACUCAGAUGCAUGUCGGAUCAGAACCUCAUGUACAAUCGAGCCGGACUCUGGAGUCUGGAUGUUCACACCGAGAGGCCACAGAGAGCCAACAUGGCUGAUGAUGAGUUUUUGUAUUCUCCUCCUCCUCCUCCUCCUCCUCCUCCUCCUCCUCCUCCCUCUCUAUGUACUAGCAACAGUCUGGAUCUUAUGAUUUCCUGCGUCUUCGGUGGCAGUGAAGGGGUCGUGUCCACGCCUGUGUCCGCCUUACUCCAGAGCGUCUGCGCCGGAGCGUCCUCGUCGUCUGCUUCUGGGUGUUUUUAAAAAAAACAAAGGUUGUCAAACGUCAUCAGCCUCGUGUACAGUGGAGCAACACCAACAACACAAACCAUCAGAUAACAGACUAAAAAUGUACAAACUGUUUAUUCAAGUGUUUGCUUUUACUUUUCGUAAAUUCAAUAUAAUAAAUAAGUUAAUGGCUGCUG